AUGAAAAAUUAUUCUGAAGUGUUGAAUCAUGUUGUUUACGAAUACAGGCCAUUCGCCAACAAAAUUAAUGAUUCAAUCGAAGCAUAUAAUGAUGAGUUGAAUGAACUCUAUAAAGAAUUUGAUAAUUUCUCCUAUAAAUUUGAAAAGUUAGAUAAAAAACGCGCAAUUCAUUAUAAUUACCUCUUACAAGAUUUAGAAACAUACAUUAAAAAUAUUCAACGAUCGGCCGAAGAUGUAGUUAGCGAAAGAUUCGUUACAAUGAAUCAAAUUGAUGCCAGAAAUGAUAUUUCUACGAGUUUCACAUUUGAUUCAAUCGAUGACUCAACAAAGAUUCCAGAAAUUAUGCCGGAAAUUACAGUUGACUUCGACAUUCGUGAUUAUUUAGAAAGUGACCAAAUUUUAAUCACAAUGCAAUCACAAGAAUACGCAAUUACAAAAGUAGAGAUAAAAUAUGGUGGAAAAAUACUUGCCUCUCCUAAUGAAAGGAUUACAGUAUUUAAAUAUAACAAAAAAGUAUAUUUGGUACAUGAUUCUAACAAUCUACUUAAAAUUCCAUUAAAACCUAGUGAUUUAAUAUUCAAACCCGAAUACGUUAGAUAUAUAGCUAAAGUUCAAGGAUUUGAAAAUUUUGAUGAAAGGCAGGUUAUUGUUGUUAACUCCGGAGAUGUUUGCGAGUGUCUCGAUGAGUUUGGAAAUAUCAAAUAA